UUGGUUCUAUAACCCAUAACAUAGCGUAAACCUCAAUCAAAUAUCCUUCUCUUUCUGUGUCUUGUCGCGCAAAACCCUUCCCUUGUUCAUCAUCAAUAUGGCAGCUUUAGGCCGCAUAGUUGUGAUUUUCGAUUUCGAUAAAACGAUCAUCGAUUGUGAUAGCGAUAACUGGGUAUUGGAUGAGUUGGGUGCUACCGAGUUGUUCAAUCAACUCCUCCCUACCAUGCCUUGGAACUCUCUUAUGGAUCAAAUGAUGAAGGAACUUCAUUCACAAGGAACAAAAAUUGACGACAUUGUAGCUGUUCUGAAAAUAACUCCGAUACAUCCCCGAAUCAUCCAAGCCAUUAAAUCAGCUCAUGCUUUAGGGUGUGAUUUGAAGAUUGUGAGUGAUGCGAACAUGUUUUUUAUCGAGACAAUUUUGGAGCAUCAUGGCCUGAGAGAAUAUUUCUCAGAGAUCAAUACGAACCCAGGUUUUGUUGAUGCAGAAGGCAGGCUAAGGAUCUUCCCUCACCAUGAUUUUACUAAAUCUCCUCACGGAUGCGAUAAUCCAUGCCCUCCAAACAUGUGCAAGGGUAUUGUGAUUGAAAGGAUUCAAGCUUCUCUAACCAUGGAGGAGAAGAAACCAAUAAUAAUCUACCUCGGUGAUGGGAUGGGUGAUUUCUGCCCAAGUUUGAAGCUUGGUGAUGGAGACUAUGUAAUGCCAAGGAAAAAUUUCCCAGUUUGGGACUUGAUUUGCAAAAACAGGAGGCUAAUAAGAGCAGAAGUUUGCGAAUGGAGCAAUGGAGAGGAGUUUGAGCAUGUGUUGCUUCAGCUUGUUAGCAGGAUUUCCAUUGCCAAGAACAACAUUAAUGCUGGCAAUACAGCUCAGUUGUAUUCAGAUUGCAAACUACAAACAUUAAUGCCAGGCGCUGCCAGUGAAGCCUUCUCACAGACCCUCUCGGUUCCACAUUAGAAUUCACUAAAGAUUGUCAAAUUAAUUUCUGACAAUUUCAUGUCUUUUAGCUCUAGUAGAGUGCAGUAAUCUGUAGUUUUAUUAGUUGAAAAACGUCAAAUAAUUGAAUAGCUGUGUACUUUUUUAUCGAAAUAACAUAUUAUGAAAAGCAAUUUUAUCUUGAAAUUGCGUUAACUUU